CCAGAGUGACAUGCUGAUUAAGUGUUGGGACUGGGAUAAGAAGUGGGCGUGUAUCCAGGUGUUUGAGGGUCACACCCACUACGUCAUGCAGAUUGUCAUAAACCCAAAGGACAACAACCAGUUUGCUAGUGCCUCUCUGGACAGGACCGUUAAGGUGUGGCAGCUAGGUUCGUCUGCCCCCAACUUCACCCUUGAAGGCCAUGAGAAGGGGGUGAACUGUAUCGACUACUACCACGGUGGAGACAAACCCUACCUGGUAUCAGGCGCUGACGACAGACUGGUCAAGAUAUGGGACUACCAGAACAAGACAUGUGUGCAGACCCUGGAGGGCCACGCACAGAAUAUCUCCUCUGUCAGCUUCCACCCGGACCUGCCUAUUAUCAUCACGGGGUCCGAGGAUGGAACCGUGCGUAUCUGGCACGCGAGCACGUACCGCCUGGAGAGCACGCUGAAUUACGGACUGGAGCGGGUCUGGGCGAUCGCCAACAUGCGGGGGACCAACAAUGUUGCACUGGGGUACGACGAGGGCAGCAUCCUCAUCAAGCUUGGUCGUGAGGAGCCUGCCAUGUCCAUGGACACCAACGGCAAAAUCAUCUGGGCCAAACAUUCCGAGGUACAACAGGCAAACCUCAAGGCCAUCGGAGAUACUGAGAUAAAGGAUGGAGAACGGCUCCCGCUGGCUAUCAAAGACAUGGGCAGCUGUGAAGUGUACCCUCAAACCAUACAACAUAACCCUAACGGCAGGUUUGUUGUUGUUUGUGGCGACGGAGAGUACAUCAUCUACACAGCCAUGGCCCUGAGGAACAAAAGCUUUGGUUCUGCACAGGAGUUUGUCUGGGCUCAAGACUCAAACGAGUAUGCUGUGCGAGAAAACUCCACCACUGUUAAACUCUUCAAAAACUUCAAGGAAAAGAAGUCCUUCAAGCCUGACUUUGGAGCAGAAGGUAUAUUUGGAGGUUUCCUGUUGGGAGUGAAGUCUGCUAACGGUCUGGCCUUCUACGACUGGGAAAAUAACGACCUGGUCCGCAGGAUUGAGAUCACACCCAGACAUAUUUUCUGGUCGGAGAACGGAGAGUUGGUGUGUAUCACGACAGACGAGUCUUUCUUCAUCCUGAGUUACUCUGCGGAGAGAGUCUCCAACGCCAUGGCAACCAGCGAAGGGGUGACGGAGGACGGCGUGGAGGAUGCUUUCGAUGUAAUUGGUGAGAUCCAGGAGGUGGUACGUACAGGACUCUGGGUAGGAGACUGUUUCAUCUACACCAACUCUGUCAACAGACUCAACUACUACGUAGGAGGGGAGAUCGUCACCAUCUCACACUUAGACAGGACGAUGUACCUGCUUGGCUACAUUCCCAAGGACAACCGGCUGUACCUGGGGGACAAAGAGCUGUCCGUGGUCAGCUACUCUCUGCUGCUGUCUGUGCUGGAGUACCAGACAGCUGUGAUGAGGAGAGACUUUGACACAGCUGACAAGGUGCUGCCCACCAUCCCCAAGGAACAGCGCACACGAGUGGCCCACUUCUUAGAGAAACAGGGUUUCAAGCCCCAGGCUCUGGUGGUGACCUGUGACCCUGAACACAAGUUUGAGUUAGCCCUGCAGCUGGGAGAACUCAACACAGCGUAUGAACUGGCACAGGAGGCACAGCAUGAGCAGAAGUGGAAGCAGCUGGCUGAGCUGGCCACGUCGAAGUGUCAGUUCUCGCUGGCGCAGGAGUGUCUGCACCACGCGCAGGACUUCGGCGGGCUGCUGCUGCUGGCAACGUCCUCGGGAAACGCCGGGAUGGUCGACAAGCUGGCGAAGAGCGCCGAGACUGCGGGAAAGAACAACGUCGCCUUCAUGUCAUACCUGCUACAGGGAAAAAUUGAGGACUGCCUUGAGCUGCUGAUUAAGACAGACCGUCUUCCUGAGGCAGCUUUCCUCGCACGUACAUACCUGCCCAGCCAGGUCUCAAGAGUUGUGCAGUUGUGGAAGGAAGGGCUAGCCAAGACCAACCCCAAAGCGGCUGACUCACUAGCUGACCCAACGCAGUAUGAGAACCUGUUCCCUGGGCUGAGAGAGGCCUUCGACACAGAAGUGUACGUCAAGGCACAGAGACAGGAACUGAAACCAGCCGCAGCUUACCCUACCAUUCCUAUGAACUUUGAGAGAAAUCUAUCAGAAGAAGUCCAGCAGGCCAAAGAGUCGGGAACAUUUGGACAGACAACUUUCCACGAGGGCGGUCUUGUCCCAAAGCCGCCCACACCGGAUGUCCAGCCACAAAUGACCUUGGCUGGAGGUGACCUUGACCUUGACCCCUUCAUGGAGCCCCCCACCCCCAGCAGUGAUGACCUCUCCUGGGACCAUUACGAGGAAGAGCUGAUUGAAGCCGACGCGGGCUCGGCCACAGAAAAAGAACCCGAGCCAGAAAUCCCACAGCAACAAACUGAGGUCGCUGCCCCAGAGGUCAGUGCCCCAGAAGUCGUUACCCCAGAGGUCGUUGACCCCAAACCUGCGGCCUCCGUCCCACAGGUCAAAGAAGACUUGCCCUGGGAUGAUGAUGAUGAUGAUGUUGAUGAUGAUGGUUUCGUCUUGGAGCCCGCCAGUGGAGAUGCACCGCCUGAAGCAGCAGCGCCCCCUAUGCAGCAGGAAACAAAGGGGCCGGCCCCCACUAACCCUAGCAGGAAAGACUCUCUGGACCUUGACCUUGACCUGGAUAACCUUGAGCUGGACGAGAACAUCGACACCAGCGACAUCAACCUGGACGACGACUUGUUAAAGGACGAUUAACUCCACAUAACCCCCCCAUAUUGUACAGUGGUAUCAUCCAGAUAUAUUCUAGUAGCAGGUAGAACUGGAGUAGUCCAUUUAGAUGAAGGGUGGUGAAGAUGAUAAGUGUAGAAAUCUAAAAAAAAGUGAUCAGUAAAUGCAAAUUGCUGGGGGGGGUGUAGCAAAACUUGCCAGUGGUGGAAAUAUGUACACGUACGUUCCAAUAUAUUAUGCGAUAGGAAUGCCUCAAAAUUUGUCACGUCUAAAAAAUUCUACGCAUUGAGUAUAAACCAAGUGCCGAUAUACAUACACUAAACAAGAGCUAGGUCAGAAGUACACUAAGUCUAUAAUUAUGAAUAUAAUGAUAUUGAGUCUCAACCACAAGUUAAAUGUAUCAUCAUUUAAUAUGGACGAAUGCCUAGCUUUUUUUAGGUCAGUCAUGUCUAUGUUUCUACAUGUAUGUGUCCAUACAGUUUCUGUAUAUGGCAAAGACUUUUGUAUUGUUAAGUGAUGUCAACGCUACCUACAUGUAUUGACAAGUCCUUGCAGAAAUUUUCACAGGAGCUUGUGAGAAUAAAAACAACGUAUGGAAAACUA